AAGCUUUCCUAAUUCUUUCCUCUUUGAAUCAUCAAGAACCAGAGAGAUAGUCUGACAAAAAGAAAAAGGGAGAGUCUACUCUCAUAAACCCUCUCGACUACUCAGAUAAAGAAGAGAGAAAAGGAGAAAUGAAUCAGAACAUGAGUGCCUUUGUGAUCGGAGUGGUAGGGGCAAUAAUCACCUUGUCUGCUUAUUCACAGACUCUCAUCUCUCCCACUCAAUGUGUCACCGUUGGUCUCCUUGUUCUCAUGUUUGGCCUCCUUGUCAGAGAAGGCUUCAUCUCUCUCUAGCUACUUUAAUUCCAGAUCUUAGAUAUCUCCAUCUCAUGUAGAUGGAAAAAAUAAGAAUUUCAGCUAUGGGGUUCAUUUUGGUUUUUACUGUUUUUUUUUUUUUCUCAUCCUUCUACUUGGUUUGAUUUAUCUUUUCUGAUGUAAUUUGUCUGUGGUACAAUUCUGACCCUUGUUGGGAUUUGAGGGAAGAAUAUAUGCUUACUGUUUAUCAGAUGAGAUGUGGUUUUGUU